AUGGCGUGGGAGAAGCUAGCCAUGCGCCCAGGCUACCUCGUCUUGGGGGCCCUUGUAGCCUUCCUCGUCCAUUAUUUUGUCCGGAAAGCCAUGGUCGACCGCCGGAUCCGGCAGCUGGGCGCCGUGAGGGCCCCAAGAAUAGCCGGCAACCCGUUUUCUGCGCUCGUCUGGUUCAUACGAGCCGGCCGGAAGCAGAUGAGUAACGACCUGCUCGCCCUAUUCGACAGCAUCUACGAGGACGCGACGCCGGCGAGCCCCAACUGCGUCGAGAUCUCGGUCGCGCCCUCGAUGCGGUUCCUCAUGACGCGGGAGCCCGCGCACGUCAAGGCGAUGCUGACGGGCAAGUUCUCCGACUUCGGCAAGGGCCCCAAGUUCCACGAGGUGUGGUCGCCGUUCCUGGGCGACAGCAUCUUCACGACCGACGGCGCGCGGUGGCACGACAGCCGGGCCCUGAUCCGGCCCAUGUUUGUGCGCAACCGUGUCCGGGACCUCGACAUCUUCGACCGCUGGAUGAACGUGCUGCUGGGGAAGCUGCCCGAGCCGGGAGGGACAGUCGACGUGAUGGAUCUCUUUUACCGCAUGACGCUCGACGUGACCACCGACUUUUUGCUGGGCCACUCGGUCAACUCGUUGGACAACCCCAAUAACGACUUUUCCCGUGCCUUUACCGACGUCCAGCGGGUGCAGAUGAUGUUGACAGUCAUGGCGCAUUCUUUCGUCCCCACCAAGAAGUACUACGCCGGCAUCAAGGUAAUCGAGCGGUUUAUGAUGCCCUUCAUCGAGCAGGCCCUCGCCCUCCCGCCGUCUGAGCUGGAGAAGCUCUCGUCACCGGACAGCAACAGCAACAGGGAGGUGACCUUCCUGCACAGCAUCGCGCGGUACUCGCGCGACCCCAAAGUGAUCCGGGACCAAAUCAUGGCGGUGCUGCUGGCAGGGCGCGACACGACGGCGGCGACGCUGUCGUGGUGCGUGUACGAGCUGUCGCGCAGCCCGGCCACCGUUGCGCGCCUGCGGGCCGAGAUGGCAUCCGUGACGGGCGGGCGCCGGCCCACCUACGAGGACCUCAAGGCCAUGACGUACCUGCGGCACACGCUCGACGAGACGCUGCGCCUGUACCCGGCCGUGCCCUACAACAUCCGCGCCGCCGUGGAGGACACCACCCUGCCAGCGCCGGCGCCGGCGGGGGGGCCGGGAGGCCAGGAGAUUGCGGUGCUCAAGGGCGACGUCGUGGUCUACAGCGCGCUGUCGAUGCAGCGCCGUGCCGACCUGUACCCGCCCGCCGGCCCGGGCUUCCCGGACCCGGCCGUCUUCUGUCCGGACCGGUGGGACCGCUGGACGCCCCGGCCGUGGACGUACGUGCCCUUCAAUGGAGGGCCGCGCAUCUGCGUCGGGCAGAACUUUGCCAUGACCGAGAUGGCCUACUGCUUGGUGCUGCUGCUCCAAAAGUACGACAGGAUCGAGUACAGGGGCGACUGGCACGCCCAGUUUUACAAGGCCGAGAUCGUGGGGGCUCCCGGGCAGGGAGUGCCGGUGGCGUUCUUCGAGGGGGAGGACGGGGUGGCGGCAGCUUGAUGAUGAUUCGUUGCAGCUCCGAG